AUGUUCAGUGAACCUGUGUAUCUGACGAUAGGUGAUGAGUAUGAAAAGCGCGCAGUAAAGCCCUCGAAGAGCAGAGGCCGCAACUUUAUUGUGCCCGUCAAGCGCUCACCACACAUCACCGACGCAGUGUUCCAAAAAUCAUUUAUUUCCCUUGCUGUCGGUGAUGAGUACUUGCCACCUCCACCCGGUGGUACGUUCCGCCAACCGGCUGAGAAAAAGCCAGGGGAGCCACAACCCCUCCCGUUUAAGCCGCCAAGCCGCCCACACAAAUCAUGCGGCAGUGGCUCGUAUUACGGCACCUUCAACGAGAAGAACCCACCAAAGCACGAGCCGGAAACGACGAUCGCUGAAGUAAAGAAAUCCGGAGCCAACGCUCCUGCUGGUACAGUCCGUAAACCCAACCUCUACACAAACCCGGGUAAGAAAGGGACCUACGGGUACACUGGCCUAACCCUUGGAAGGGCUGGUGAGGUGCAGUACAUAUCAGAUCCAGUCGGUUGCUGCAGUGGGCAACGUACUCACAGCCCACGCACACAAGCACCGUUCAGUGCGGCAGUGAAGUGUGGUGGUUGUUUUGAUGAGGGGCCACAUGGUUUUAGCACGGUGUACGGCAUGAACAAACCGUUGCCUAUGAGGAAGGUACCUCCGCAGCGUGUAUUGCCCCCAAUGAAGCCAUGGAGACCCGCCGGCGCACUUGUGAGGGAAAUCACCCGCCACCCGGAGUAUCAAGAGGACCCCUACGAUCUAAAGGAAAAGCGACUUCGCGAAGAGCGGUUGAAGGAACAGAGUCAUAAGCCGUGGUUCCCCUGCGGCACCGAUGCGUAUCGCCACAUUUACACUUAUCCUGUGCCGUAUAACCCUCCCCCAGUGGUGUAG